AUGGAGGAAGGAAAGGCAAAGUGUCACAUCAAAUUGAAAAAGAGCGACCAGAAGAGUAGCACCAGGAAAAGAAAGACAUUGAACGUAUUUGAAGGGUCACAGUAUUAUAGCCAGGACGAGGGGAAAGAUAAAAAUGAGACAGAGGAAAGGACAGCUUCAAAAACACAAAAAAUUAGGGCCAUAAAAAAUGGCGAAAUUAUAACUGAGCCAAGUAACGCUUUGGAAGAACAAGCGGAUGUAGCAACGUCUCAGUUUAUUCGUUCCCUACAGGAAAAGCUUGAUCGAGUUCAAAACAAAAAGAAAAUUGUUUAUUUGAAUUUUCCCCCCCAAAGGGGACCCGGGUUAAGUGAAAAACAGUCUGAUGGGGAAGUUGACCCAGUUAGCACUUCGGAGGCUGCAAAAGGGGCGGAUGAUGAAGGACUUAACGACUUUUCAGCCGGUUCCGCGGAUGGCAGUGAGCCCAAUGAUGAUUCACACGAAACGGAUGGCCAUGUAGUAGUGGAGGACGGAUUCGAAGCGGAUGCCGAGCUAGCAGCUGACUUCCACCAGGACCAAAAGGAGCGAGACAAAGAACACAAGUAUAACAUUUCCGAGGGGAACCUCACGUAUAAGAGGAAACUCUUCUUGGAGAAAUUUAAGAAGAAUGAAAAGGACUCCAUUUUUAAAAAUGAAAUGAACAUGUACACUGAUUUUGACGACCACCACAUCCAAGUGGAAAACUACGGCAAACGCAUUUUGAGUAAAAUGGGAUUCAACGAAGAGGUUUACAAUAAGUACAUAAAUCAGUACUACCAGGAACGGAGCGACAAGAACUACUUUGACAGGAUAUAUGACUCCUUCCAGGCUCGGGAGUUUCGGUUCACGGGUGUGGGCGCGGAGGAAGAGAUGAAGGAGAACAUGCAGCGGAUUAGGGGCCGCAAGGGGAGCAACAGUGGGAGUAGGAGUGGAAGUGGAGACAGCGAGCGGGGGGAUAAGUCCCAUGACAACGCCCACAGGAGCAACGGUAAAUGGGAGCACGGAGAGGAAGCAAGAUGCGCAGACCCGAUCCCGAGUGACAACACGGAUAACCUAUUCGAAGGACUAAUUGUAAAAAUAAAUUUAAAGACUCAUGAAUUUUACAAACGAAAAGGGGUCAUCGUGUACACGAAAAGGAAAAGGAGAAGGAAGACAAAGGGGAGGAACCACGAAGGGGAAGAUAAAUCCCACUGCAUCCUUGGUUUACUGCUUUUUAAAAACCACAAAUAUAUACACCUGUACAAAGAAAUGGUUAAGAAAAAGAUUAAGGAAUAUUUAUUAUGGAAGGAGGAUAAAGGAGGAACAAAAAAGGAAAGAGAUUAUUAUCACAGUGAAGACGACUCCAGUGUGGACGAUCACCAAAAUGAGACGAAACAAUUCUGGGAAAAUUUCCUUAAACAAUUAAUAAAGAAGGUCAAAAUGGAUAGGAUGGAGGAUCAUGGGGAGAGAAAUAAUGAAACGAAAGAACCAUUUCAUCUGGCCGAAGUGAAGUCUAAAUAUGUUGAAACGAGCAUCAGUGAGGACACGGUCAAAUGUAAGGUCGUCGGGAGAAAUAUUUGCCUCUCCAAGGGAGACAUGUCUUUGUAUAAACAGACCGUCAAGUUGAAGAAGAUCAAGGGUGAUUACGCUCACGUCCAAGUCGAGGGGGGACAAGUCAUGAAGCUCUCCCUGGAUGAUGUUUGUCAAUACAUAAGCCACGUGUGA